AUGGCUAUCAUAAUACCAGUAAUAAGCUAUGUAGUGGAUGAGAUUGAAUUGGAUUUUUUACGAACCAACCAAUACGGAGACCAACUUCCUACUAGCAAUGACUUUGGUACAAACCAAAAUAACAACAACAGAGACGGCAAUAACAACAACAAGAAAUCCUCUCGGGAAGAGUUUAAGGAAGAUGUAUUCAAUUGGGCAGACGAACCUUGGACUUCCUGUAACGAUGUUGAGGUUCCUGACUGGGCCAAGAUGGAAGAUCCGACUACUGAUGACUUCAAUUCCGAGUUGGUAUGGGCAGAGGAUCCAUGGAGUCAGGCACCGCUCGUCGGUCUACCAUCUUGGAUGUUGUUGCCCGGUAUCGACUACCCUGUAGAAGGAGAAGACCCUGUGCUAGACACUCUGGUCAACAAUGACGAAGAUGACGCUAUAUUUUUAGCAUCUGGAAUCGAAAUUGCUAAUUGGAGUGAUGAACCAUAUGUCCAGUUACCCCUAGAUGUACCAAGAUGGGCCCUGCUCCCCGGUAUCGACUAUCCGGUUCACCGCGGAAACAACAGCCCCUAUUGGAAAAAUAAAGUGGACGAUAAAUUCAAUAAACGAAGACAAUUUCGCAGAGAGAUUAAUAAAUCUGGAUUUCAUAAAGCUGAAGGGAACAUGGUAGCUCUUUCGAUACAAACAAAUCAAGCAAACCAGUUCGACAAAAGGAAUCUUCGGAAAUCAAAAAAACUGUAA